AUGGCAACUGUCCGCACCCUGCUUUCUGCUUUUCUCCUCUUUCUGAGCUCGACAACCACAACGUUUGUCAAUGCCCACGGUGCAAUCAUUGCAGCUGUUGGAGAUGCUGGAGGCCGCGGUUCAGCUUUGGGAAUCGACCCAACCACACCUCGUGACGGCACUAGACGCAACCCAUUCCAGCGCGAUACAACUCGCUUCCGUGGUUCAUCAGCUGCGACCCUAGGCGAAACCCUUCAGGGCGGUGACAACCAGCUUGAAUCUGGCACCCAAGCCAUUCUGGCCCAAAACGGCGGCACACUCCCUCAGGUCACCCCUGGCGGAGAGCUGAGGAUGACGCUGCAUCAGGUCAAUGGUGAUGGCGGUGGCCCGUACCAAUGCAUGAUCAACUCCGACGGCACUGCAACCACCUGGGAGCCGUUAACUGUAACACAGAAUGUUCCGGGCAGAAGGGGCAACAAUAGAGAUGGCCGCAUGACCGACUUUCCAUUGACGGUUUCGAUCCCUACGACUCAAACUUGCACGGGCAGUGCCGCCGGGCAGGAUAAUCUUUGUCUGGUGCGGUGCCAAAAUCCGGCACGAGCAGGCCCGUUUGGUGGUGUUGUACCGGUGCAGCUCGUUUCUGGAGAACAAGCACGCAAGAGAACACUGAAGAUCGGCAGGCGUCUUCCCCAGUAA